UUUUGACAGACAAGUGACUUAAAACGACACAUUUGCGUAAAUAAAUAUGGCUACACAAGGAGUUCGUGGAGUUUCUAGAGUUUUAGAAAAAUUAGAAAAAUCGGUUAAAGAUGGAAAUUUUUACGAAGCCCAUCAAAUGUAUAGAACAUUAUAUUUCAGAUAUUUAGCACAGAAAAGAUAUAAAGAACUAAAAGAUAUGCUAUAUAAUGGGUCUGUUUUAUUUCUAGAACGCGAUCAGCAAUUGAGUGGUUCUGACCUAGGUAUAAUAUUAAUAGACGUAUUGGAAAAAUCGGAAGAUACAGAUUACGAAUCUUGGUCUCCAAAACUAACAAGAAUAUUCCGUCUAAUAAGUUCUUCCACUCCGGAACGAGAUACAUUCUUAGCUCAUGCAAUACGAUGGUCAUCUAAAGGGUCAACCCACGGACACCCAUUGUUACAUAGGAACAUCGCGAUUGUGUAUUGGGAAGAAAAAUGUUAUGCACAGGCACGUCAUCAUUUUAUAUAUUCUCAAGACGGUAAAGGAUGUGCAAAACUUCUUAUUGAAUUUCAGCGCAGUCAGGGGUUCAAAGGAGAAGCUGAUUUGUUUAUAGCGCAGACAGUUUUGCAAUAUUUGUGUUUGAAAAAUAAAAGUACCGCGAAUCAGACAUUCACUAGCUAUACAGAACAACAUCCCAGGAUAUUGAGAUCCGGCCCGCCAUAUUUAUUACCGUUGCUCAAUUUUAUUUGGUUCUUGUUACAGGCUAUCGAAAGUAAAAAAUUGCAAACGUUCGCAGUAUUGUGUGAACAAUACGAACCAUCCUUAAAAAGGGAUCCUUGUUAUGUACAAUAUUUGGACAAAAUCGGUCAAAUUUUCUUCGGUUUGAAACCUCCUCCUCAACAACACGGCAACAGUUUCUUUGGAAACUUUUUUGAAAAUUUUCUUAGCGGAUUAGAUGAAGAUAGCGAUGAUGAUGAUACUCCACGAGCUUCUACUUCAGGAAUCACAAAGAAGAAAUCGACAAUAGAGCACGACCACUUGGACUAAAUACCACUUUCAAAAUUAUAAAUAUCCAACAGAAAAAAAAACAAACAAUUGUUAACCAUUUUUGGUUGAUUUGAAUUAAUAUAUAAGCUAAUCGGAAUUGGCAAUUUUUUGGUCUUAUUUAUUUUUUUUUUAUUUACUGUACGAUAGUGGGUGUUCCAUUGAAAAGCUAUUGUUACAAUACAUUUGCAUUUAACAAAUUAAAAUAUAUUUACGGUGGUUUUAUUAUCCUGCUAGCAUAGAACUUCCAGAUGACGUCAAUUUUUGGAUUUAUUGUGAGUUUUUUUUUUUAAUUUCAUUAAAAUUAUCAAAUAAUG